GGAGAGAGACACUCGAUCAUCACAGUUUCUCAGUAAACAUCAUCCAUUGCCUCGCUAUAAUUCCGGAAUGGCAUCCGGCGACAAGAUAGACGUACUUCUCUAUGGGCUAGGAGCUAUUGGUUCCUUCUACGCAUUUAUUUUGAGUCGCAAUCCCAAUGUCAGACUGAGUGUAGUAGCACGAUCGAACUAUGACGCUGUUAAGAGCAAUGGCCUGAUAGUUGACUCUCAAAACCAUGGGAAACAUACCGUUAUUCCUGAAAAGGUGCUCAAAACACCCGCCGAAGCUGGCCAAACCUACGACUAUAUUGUUUGUGCCCACAAGGCAAUUGAUCAAGAUGCCGCGGUGAAGGCGAUAGCUCCUACUGUUGAUGAGAACAAGACGACUAUUGUGAUUAUUCAGAACGGAGUUGGUAAUGAAGAGCCGUUUAGGAAUCAGUGGCCGAAAGCUACCAUCAUUACCUGUGUUACAUGGACAGGCGCAACUCAAACAUUCCCGGGCUACGUCAAUCACACAAAAAGCGAAGACAUGCAAAUCGGUCUCUUCCCCUCCUCACUUUCCCCAUCAUCCUUAACGGAACAAGCCCGCUUAUCAACCUUUUCAACCCUCCUGACGAAAGGCGGUACAAAAUUCGCCGUCUUAGAAGAUAUGCCUGUCCAACGCUGGGAGAAAGUCGUUUGGAACGCAGCCUGGAAUUCACUUACCUCUGCCACAUUACUUGAUACCCAUAGUUGGCUCGCCUCAAGCCCCGAGGCAAUGCCCAUGACCAAAAGGUUAAUGACUGAAGUCAUCGAUGUUGGAAGAGCCUGUGGUGUCACAACGCUUCAAUAUUCACUGAUUGAUCGGUUGAUUGAAAAAAUUUUGGGAAUGCCUCCUAUCGGAUCGAGUAUGAGGACGGAUACUGUGGCUGGUAGACCAUUGGAGGUGGAUGUUAUUUUGGGUUAUCCAUAUAAAAAGUCAAAGGAGCUCGGACUGAGUACGCCUACGCUUGAUGCCAUUUAUGCGGUUGUUACGGGUGUGGAUUAUAGGUUGAGGAAUGGGGUGAGGAUCUAGGUCAUAUGAGACAUUCAAGAGAAAAAGCAAGUGAGUUUUCUUGAUAGACGCCUGUACAGAGUGCCAUUACUUAAGUAAUGUUAGUUCCAAGGUUUUCGCGGAUUUUUUUGGCCGUAGCUUCGGCUGGAUUGAUAGCAUGACACGUGGUGUAUUUUUUAUUCCUUGAUAUAUGAACUUUUUUGCGUGAAUCACCACUGUGGAUUGGGAGCGCACCUAGGCUAUUCGAAAACCCAUCUGAUAUAAGUCGCUAUUUGUACGACAACAAGCAGCACCCCAUUCACUACGUUGUAAAUCAAGUCUUACUGAAGUUAUGUGUUUUGUGAACGGCUGACUAGGGUCUUAAAUGGUGGAAUGAACUUUUUCAGCUCUGUUGAUG